CAGGGUGACCGCUGCGUUACCGAUCACGCAUUCAACUCGACCAUAUUCAGUCGAGCCGUGAAGUGCGCGCGCGGCGACAGUCUACGCCGUUCGAUUUUUAAAAAGUGCCGCCAUAUUUAAUCAGCUGUCAACAAGGACUUUAUGGUUUUGUGAAGUGACAGCUAAUCAAAAUGGCGCUCUAUACACUAAUGCUAUGUCUUUGUUUCCUGCACAUGGCGGCGGCUAAAGGAACAGAGGCACAAAUCGAAUGCACGCCAGAAUACAUGAAAGUCACAGUGCCCAUGGACGGCGAUAGAAAGAUAUCUUACCUCGAUCAACUAAAAGAUUACUCCCCAUGUCAGCCCGUCAUGGAGGGAUCAGCUGCGUCCUAUAUGCUCGACCUUCAAGACUACCACAAAUGCGCUGUCACCAAAGUGCUUAAUAAAAUCACUGGCAAACGUACAUACUACCACAAGAUAGUUAUAGAAACGCUAUCAGGCGGUCGAGAGACUGUGACAGUGCGAUGCGUCGUCACAAACAAGCGCGCGAUCACGCGGAGGGCUGUGGAGCCUUUCCCUUUGGACUUCAGCGAGCCUGAUGUACUUGACAUCACUCGCUAUGAGGAAGGGCGAGCGCCUGAACCUAUACUGGGAGCGAUUGUGAGGCAAAAUGGGAAACAGGUUUCCGGAGAAAUUUCCGUAUCCCCCGGAACUCCCCUGUCCAUGGAAAUCUUCCUCGACAACUCCUCCGCGCCCGUGUACGGACUUCUAGUCAAUUAUAUGCAUGUUACUGACACUGGGAAGCAACAAGAAACAAUUAUUUUUAAUGGUUGCUCUAUAGACCCGUACUUAUUCGACAACUUCAUGACAAAAGACGGCGAUAACUUGACAGCUAACUUUAAAGCUUUCAAGUUCCCCGACACAACUUACGUGCAGUUCAAGGGUACCGUCACUGUGUGCUUGGAUAAGUGUCAGGGGGUACAAUGCAGUAACGGUGUAACAGCGUACGGCAGGAAACGCCGGGCGGUCGCGUCUAGCGCGGACGCGAACAAAGUGUAUGAAGUUUCUCUGACUACCUUCAUUAAAGUGGAUUACGUUGAUGGGAAUAGAGAGGCUGAGGACAUAUAUGCGCUACUAAAAAAACUAAAAGUAGCAAACCAACUACUGGGCGACACCGACGGUACUCCGGCCACUGUGGCCGAGCACACACAGGACAACAAACUAGUUAUACAAACCGCCGGCUCAAAUAUAAAUAAAUACAGCGUUUUAUUAAUUUUUAUCAGUCUCGCUUUACUAAUUUUUAAAUAAUUAAAUAUGGCAACACUGAAAAUUUCGAAAGCGUUUUAUAAUCUGUAACAUGGAACAGAGCGAUUGCACAGAUAAAAUACGGUGAAGAAAAGUUUUAUUUGUGAUCUCAUUGAAGGAUUUAUUUAAAUAACGAAGAAAAAUCGAUUCUAAUAACAUGCGAAUAAUAUACAUAAAGUAUCUUAUUUGUAUUUGCGAUGACAUUAUUGAAAUGACAUAUUUGUAUUGAAAUUGUGUAUUUUUGUGGUAUUUUAUACAACAUAAUUGUAGAAAAUUGUAUACAUGUACUUCAAUAUAACUGAACUUAAAUAUUUUAAGUAUAAAUCCGUCCAAAACAUAACCUAAUUUAAACGAAUCCGUCCAUUUUAACAAUAAGAUAAAGUUUAAAGGUUAAUAUUAAAUAAGUGCCUUCCUAAUUUAGUUAAUGCUGUCGCAUUUAAGCCCACUAGUCUUAAAAUAAAAUUAAACCAUAAGAAAUAGUUAAUUUCUACCAUUUUCUACCAUAGACAUAAGACGCUUUAUUACACUUUAAUAUGUUUUUAAUACAGGCAAAUUAACGUCAUUUUAAUCAACUGUAAUUUUUUAAUACUCUAUUAAUAAUAAUAUAUUUAAGAUAUCAAUGAUACAAAAAAUGUAUAAUUUUCAAUGCUUUGUAAUAUUCAAUAACAGUUUUUACUAAAACCUCGUAUUUACUGAACACAAUUUUCAUUAAAACAUUGAGGUGCUUCAAAUACGUAUGUCUCGUUUGUGAUUCAUAAUUUGUAAUAAGUAGUUUAACGUGAAUAAAGUUAUUAUUUUACUAA